UGAGUGACCCCACCAACUAGGAUUUUACAUUUUAGUGAUCUCACGGGAUUCGAACCCUCAACCAAUGCAUGUCGGUUUUUUGAGCCUCUUUAAUUUAAUAUAUUUUGCUUUUUUUCCCUUCAAAAAAUAAACCAUCGCAUUUUCUCUUCCCACCCAAAAGGCCAAAACUAAGAUUGUCUUCCUCUUCAACCCUCAACAUCUACAAAACGCUGACUCCCGAGAUCCACCUACGUAGAUUCCCCCGGCAAGGUGAGAAGAAGGGUGUGUGUGCUUACCUUACCCGGUGCUACUUUGGCGAAGGCGCACGGCGGUCGAAAUAGAAGCUUGGUGGUGGAAACGGUGCCGCUGCGGAGGUGGUGGAAGUUGGAGCCUCCAACUUAGCUUGAUUGGGAAAGAAUCGAUUGAGAAUAUCUUCAAAAAUUGAUCCAAAAUCUGAUUGUGCAGAGAGGGGUUGGGUUGCUAUUUAUGAUGAAUGUGUCUCCGUCUUAUACCAGGUGCUGAUAUUCUGGGAACCUGCUUCAAUCUCAGGUUACUUGACAUUACUGAACAAGGAGCAUUAUGGCAGCUGGAACUUCUGAGGUUAAUAAUGAACAUGAUGGCACAAUUGUUGUUAGGGUGGAUCUCACAAAGGCUUUUACUACUGAUCAAGCUUUUGCAUCCCCCGCUGAUCUUAUUGAUUGGGCUCGCGAUGUAUGUAAAGAGAAUGGUUAUGUUGUUAUUGUGAUUAGGUCUGACUACGGAUCUGCAAAAAGGAAGCCUUUGAUAACAUUGGGAUGUGAACGUGGUGGGAAGUAUAGACCAGCGGCUCAAGUAUUAAAACGCAGUCAAACUGGAACAAAAAAGUCUGAUUGCCCUUUCAGGCUAAGAGCAAGGCCUAGUAAGGUUGAUGGGCGAUGGAAGGUGAUAGUUCAUUCUGGGAUUCACAACCAUGAUACAGCUGAAACAUUACAAGGUCACUCUUUUGUUGGUCGUCUAAAUCCUGAUGAAAAGACCAUGGUGGGAAGUAUGAUUGAGAAAAGGGUUAAGCCAAGCGACAUGUUGAUUGCACUAAGGGAAAAAAACCCCAACAACCUGACUCGAAUCAAACAAAUCUACAAUGAGUAGCAAGCCUACAAUAGGACUCAGAGGGGACCUUUCUCAGAGAUUCAACACUUGAUGAAUUUGCAGCAAAGUCAAAUACCCCGCAACUGACCUCCCUGACUUUUUGCAGGCAUCCCCUAACUGACCAUACAAAUAUGCCAACGCCGCCGCACCCCAUGCAUACUGACCAGCCAAGCUAAUAUCCCUAAAAAGCUCAAGAUAGGCAACACUGACAGACGUGUUACUCUUAUCACAAAAGAGAGUCAUGCCAACCAAGCGUAACAGGUAAGCUCGGGCUGCUUCUGUCCAUUUCCCUUUCUUCACACGGUCCUUCACAAGCUCUAGAAGCCAAGCAUAAUGAAGACUAGGACCUCUACACCUCCGAAACUCAUCCUCCACCUCCUGAGUUGUCACCCCCAACAAAUCAACAACCACAGGGGUAGCCUCUUCCUUAGUCGGCCUGCCCAAUGAGAAAAGGGACCCCUCCACAGGGAUGUGCAAUAGAGCUGAGACGUCAUCUAGAGUGAUCGUCAUCUCGCCCUACGACAUAUGAAAUGAGGACGUCUCUGGCAUCCAUCGCUCAACAAAGGCGGUCACAAUGCUAAGGUCAACUGAGCCGCCAUUACAAGUAUACGGAAGGUGCAACAACCCUGCAUUUGCCACAAGUGCCUUCACAUUAUCGGAGUAGAAUCUCACAGGAGAGAAGUGUUUUCCAUGAUGAUGGAUCUUCAAUGGGUCCCUACAUUUGAAGUCCUUUCGCACAUAUGACUUCCAGACGUCAUGUACUAUGUGCUGCCCAAACUUAGGCAACAGAGACAAGUCAUGUGGACCUCCAGGGUACCACACACCCUCUGUUCCAUCACGAUCCUCAGACUCUCCACUUUGCUCACCAUCACCAUCCUCAGACUCUCCACUUUGCUCACCAUCACCAUCCUCCUCAGAACCCAUCUCAACCUCAUUCACAUUCUCAUUCUCAUUCUCCAGACCAUCACCAUCCUCAGCUCCCCAGUGUCGUGCAUUAACCAGCACACCCUCCUCUUCUCCCACACCCUGAGUCCCACGCUCUCGGCGAGCGGAAGCAUGAGUUCUCGAACGGUCUCGUGGAGGAUGAGGUGGUCGUGAAGCCUCUCCCACAACGCGCUGUGUAUGUUUUGUCCUUGCCAUCAUGCCUGUGUUAACAAAGAAAACCAAUGUUAGUUCUUUAUUGACAAAACAAAACCCAAAAGCACAUAUGUAAACUCUAAAUUUUAAGGCAUCACAAUUGGAUAAGACAUCUCUAACUCUUAUUUAUACUCAUUCUAGAUUCUUAAUCCUAAUCACAUAUGCAAACUAAUUAUGAUAAUUACCAGCCUCCAAAUCCUAAUUAAAUAAAUCAAAAACAUACAUAAUAUAAUCACAGACCACAAUUACUGUCAAUAUCAAGGGUUAAACCAUUAGCAAUUUUUUGUAUGUAUGAGACUGGUUAGUAGUUUAUGAGGAUAUAUUGCUCUCCCCCCUAUCAACCCAUAUUGCUUCCCAUGAGUCUUACAUGUAUGCUAAGAUUUCCCCGAGAACAAACACAAUGGACAAACAUUGGAUCUCCAUUGGAUCACUGCUAUAAAAUUAUGAAAAAGAAAACUUGCCAAUUAUGAAGCAAUAACUGGUACUAAUCCCAUUUAAACAACUACCGCAAUCAUAGUUGCGGCAACUACCGCAAUUAUAGUUGCGGAAACUACCGCAAUUAUAGUUGCGGAGGCUACCGCAACUUGAGUUGCGAAAAACAACCCGUGAUAGCACAGCAGAAAGGUAACCGUGUGGGUUUUUAAACAGAGGGAACAACAGAGGCAAGAAACUUGUAUGAAAAGGGGGGACUGACCAGAGCAAGGGUUGCGGGUGUUGUUGCUUUACUCCUUCAAAGUUUUCCUUCUUCCUCUUUCUUUCUUCUGCUUCUGAAAUCGCAAUGGUGAUGGAGAAACCAUGAUGGAGGUGGUGGGGAAAGGUGCAGGACCGUGAUGGAGGCUGGGAUUUUGGGGAAACCAUCGGAAUGAGAGAAAGAGAUUAGGAGAUGGGCAGAGGAGAUGAGGGCCGAUCUUGAGAGAGGGAGAUGGUGGGAUUAGGUUUUUUUUUAUUGGAGCAGUUAUUUUUUAAAAGCUUUUGGGGGUAUAACUGUAUUUUUGAACUUAAGGGGAUGGUGUGAAUAGUAAAGAGGGGUGGUUCAAAUAGUCUCUGCCUAUUGUAUUGGUUAAAAGUUAAAACAAAACCCGAGAUCGACCACCUUGUUUGGGGCAAAAAGGAAGAAAAAAAAGACAUAAAAGACACAUUUCCUGGGGAAAAUCUCAAACUCUCCGAAAAGGGUCACUGAUGAAAUAGAAGGUAUAUAUUUAUAUCUAUCUAUCAAUGGCUGGAGCUGAAGGAUUCGUGGAAGCCGAUAAUGCAGAGGCCAUUAUCGCCAGAAUCGAACACAAAUCGCGCAAGAUCGAAAGCUUACUCAAACAG